GCUUUCAGCUUUGGUUUUGGAGUCAGUCACUGGACACAAUUUCUCGGACACGCCCCUAUAUGCUACCAGUCAGAGCAUCUUCGUGCAAUUGAAUAAGCCCACUAGAAUGAUGACUGCCAUGAUUUGACCUGCUUUCAAGUUUUGCCAUAGACACAUUUUCCCAGUCUCGCCCCCUACCCGUUAUCAUUCGCCGCGGGAACAAAACCUCACGCAUCGACUUCACAACAUAGCCUACCCGCCACUUCAGCGCAUACUUACUACGAGACCAAAACCUACAGACCGGCAAAAUGGCGGAGCCUCCAGCGAAACGUGCACGGAGACCCGAUAGCUCUACAAUGUGGGAUCAAGAUGACAGGAGAACACGCUCGCCCGAGCCCGAGUUAGACUACACCCGAAGCCCGCGGCGGGAGCAUGGAAAGGAGCAAGGCCGGCGCGAUGGACCCAGAGAUGAUCGAAGAUACCGCUCUCGCUCGAGGGACCGGAGAGACAGGCGGCGCGAUAGGAGCAGGUCAGGCGAUCGUCGGGAUCGUGAUCGAAGGGACCGAGACCGUGACGGGCGAGGUACGAGGGAGAGAAGUAUCAGCAGGGAGAGGUAUCAUGGUAAACGAGGCUAUCCAUCCAAGGGAGACAGAUAUCGGUCCCGAUCCCCUGUCCGGAAUGGCAACAGAGACAAAUCCAGGACGCCACCCCCAAGAGGCCCCAGGGCCGACCGUAAUCCUGAUCGCAGAGAUCCCCGAGCACAGGCGAACGGUGUCGCGGAUACAAAAUCGCGACAUGGCCGGCCUCGGGAUGAGACCGAGAUGGAUAUCGACGAUGCCGCCGACGAUGACGAUUUCGAAGAGAUGAUGCGGCGGAACAUGGGCUUUACAAGAUUCCGGAGCACGAAAAACACGAAGGUCCCCGGAAACAAUGUGUAUGGCGUUCGGAAGGAGAAAAAGACGGAGUACAGACAGUACAUGAACCGUAUAGGAGGAUUCAACAGACCGCUCAGUCCGUCGAGGCAGUGAUCUCCAUCGCAGAUCUUCUUCCCUCAUAAAGAUUUUCUUAUCUGCUGUUACCUACAAGCCAUCUCCUCACUCACAUCUUUUCUAUCUUCUUGUCAUUGCUUUUAUUAUUGGGUGAUAUCAUUGUUUUUGUUCCCCUUGUCGCAACAUGCAUUGCUGGAGUAAGAUUACGGGUGGCCUUUGCUUUUUCGAACUUAAAAACCAGGCGAAUGAAUAUUGACUUACUUAAAUCUGCCUGCACUUUAUAG